CUCGCUGAUAACAGUAUUGUCACGCGAAUAGCAGUCAUCGAGACGACCAGGAUGACGGAUUCGGACUGACGAUCUGGUCUCACACGUCAAGUAACCAGUGUAUUGAAGCACAGCUGCCCUAUACCUCGAGCUGCAUCUGAACAGUGCCAACUACAACUCGAGUGCUGUCUUCACCACUGUUACUGACCCCUAAGUUGUCUUAAACCCAAAAGAUGAAAGUCAUCAAGACGAAGGCUGAGUUUGACAGUGUUCUGGCCGGAAGCCCCGGACAGCUAGUGGCGGUCGAUUUCUUCGCCACCUGGUGUCCCCCGUGUACCGGAAUUGCGCCGUUCUUUGAGGCCUUGUCCGUGAAAUACCCGCUGGUCGUCUUCCUCAAGAUCGACGUAGACGAAAAUGAGGAGACAGCAGCCGCCUGUGAGGUUGAGGCGAUGCCGACCUUCAAGUUCUACAAGGACGGGAAACAGGUGGAUGAGCUAGUCGGUGCCAGUCAGGCAGACCUGGAAGCAAAAGUCGAGAAAAAUCAGUGAUGACGUGGUGUGCAAGAAUGAAUGUCCUGGCAUGAGAAACGUGGCGAUGACGCUACAUGUGUUGAUGUUCUUACAUGAUGACUGUAUGCUUGCUGAUGACGUCAUGGCUUCUUGAUUGUAAACCUGGCAGACCGUCAGUAGUUUAGAUUGGAUGAAUUGAUGAUUGUAAAUCUGGCUGACUGUACAUGGCAUGGUCUGAUUAUUGUAAAGCUUACUGGCUGUACAUGGUAUGAUCUGAUUAUUGUAAAUAAAAACGACAAAAACAUU